UUAAGCAGAAACCCACUCCAAAAUGACAAAGAUGAACAACUUCCCUUCCGAUUAUAAACUCUGCCACUCCAAUUGCUUUUACUUUAUUUCAGUUUCUGAGAUGAUUUGCUCGUCUUCUCUGCUUCAUGGGUCUGAAGAAUCCUUGCCUUAUCAGAUUGCGUGCCUCUUGAGGAUUAUCGCUUUGCUGAUUAUGGUCAGGCGCCAGAUGCAUUGCCAUCUCUGGCAGCUAUCAAGUCUCAAUCGCAUGUUCAUGGAUUGCCAGCUUUCUCCUCUUUUGUUGGUUCUCCAUCGUCUCUACAGCAAGGGGGUGACUGCAGUUUAUCACAGACUUACCAUCAACAAUCACAGUUUGAGGAAUUGGCAUUUUGGCAGGUUUUCUCAUGGAUUCAAGCCCUCUCGUGGAUAGAGCAUAACUAGAGCCUACCCUAUUCUGCUGUGUCAGUCAUUGCAGAAGCAGCAAAAUAACAUAGCGCUCCCAGGGAGCCUCUAUUCUCAGCCACUGCAGCAGCAUCCCAGAUUCAUUGAGCCUCUAAAGCCAUCACACAAGCAGCAUAUAAGCAUGGAGCCACCAUGGAGCAACCAUUCUCAGUUUCAACAGCAGAAUCUCAAUUUCACUGAGCGUCCACUGAAGAUAGGAGAACAAUAUUCUCAAGAAGUUCCUCAUGCCAUCAACCCCUCACCAUAUGAGUCACAAUCACAGCAGUUAAUUCUUCCUGGCUUGAGGAUCAAUGAAGGAAAAUCUGUUAGCCAGAAGCCUCCAACAUUUAGUAGUGGGCAGUAUCUCCCUGAAAGAGGUUUUGACAAAGGGAAAGAGAAGGUAACUUCAUUUUCAACUGAUGUGGACAACUUUACAUAUGCAAUAAAUGAACGACUAGCUCUAGAAUUGUCCAGGAGUGGGGGUCGAUCAAAUGCCUUGUAUUCUGUUAGUCCGGAGCUAGAAUACAUUCAUCAGACUCCUGCUGUGAGAACUGAUGUUACAUUGGAUAGAGAAAUUGAGGAUUCAGGAAGCAAUUCCCUGAUGGAACUCAUGGAGGUGCUAAAAGAAUGUAGCCCUCCAGGACCAGAUAUUCCUGAUCCAUAUGGAGACUCUAAUGGGCCAUUGUUUGAUAUCCCUUUCUUUUCCAGGAUCACCGGGCUUUCUGGCUUGUCAGGUCCUGUUAGCAGUUUGGAGAAUUUCCCUUUGCCAUAUAAUGGCUAA